AAAAAGGAAAGACCCGUUGCUUUGACUUUUCUUUACACAGCUGAAAGAAAAGCCUAUUCGCUCAGACAUGGCUACAGCUUUUGAUAAUAGCAUCAUGGCUGUGGAGAAUUUGAGUUGUUCCAUCUGUCUGGAUGUGUUCACUGAACCCGUGUCCAUUCCUUGUGGGCACAACUUCUGUCUCAACUGUAUCACGGACUACUGGAAAACUGAAGACACUGUAUGUGUCUGUCCACUGUGUAAAGAAAAGUUUUACACCAAACCAAUGCUUCGGGUUAACCGUAUCAUUGCUGACAUGGCAGAGAACAUCAAGGUAUCAGUUCAAGGGAAAAUUUCUGGUGACCCUGAACAACCAGGAAAUGGAAAUGUGCUCUGUGCUGUGUGUACAGGGGCAAAGUCUGCAGCCCUUAAGUCCUGCUUAGUGUGUCUCAUGUCUUUCUGUAAAACACAUCUGGAGCCUCAUCAGAGAAGUCCAGCCUUGAAGAAGCACAAGCUGAUCGAUCCAGUUGAGAAUCCAGAGAACAGGCUUUGUAAGAAGCAUCACUAUCCUUUGGAACUGUAUUGCAGGGUAGAUAAAAUAAUUAUAUGUGAGUCCUGUAAAGACAGUGACCAUAAAACACAUAAGUUAGUGACUCUAGAGGAGGAGGCUCAGAACAGGAUGACCGAGCUGGAAAUAGAAAAGAAAGGCACAGAUCAGCUGAUCCAGGAGCGUCUGGAAAAAAUUGUCAAGAUUCAGCACUCAGCUGAGGCUACAAAAAAUAAUGCACAAAAGGCACAGUCUUGCAGCAUGCAGGUAAUGUCAGCUAUGGUGGAAUACAUUAAGCGAAGCCAAGCUGAGCUCACUGAAGUAAUUGAGACGAAGCAGAAAAACAAUGAAACAAAGGCAGAGGGCUUCAUUAAAGAACUGGAGGGAGAAAUUACACAAAUAAAGCAGAAAAAUGAGCAGCUUCAUCAGAUCUCACUCACCAAAGAUCCCUUUAUGUUCCUUGAGAAUUUCUCACAUUUUACUAUCACUGUGCCCAAGGUUAAGGACUGGUCUGAUGUGAUGCUUGACACUGACCAGUUUCCCGUGCAGGGAGCCAUGUUCACUCUGGAGGAGAUAGUCACCAGAGAAAUAAGGGUGCUGUGUGAUCCAGACUUGAAAGAAAUGAAGCGGCAUGCUGUGGACGUGACUCUGGAUCCUGACACAGCACAUGCCUGUCUCAUUGUUUCUAAGGAUGGGAAACAAGUCACACAUGGAGACAAGAGGAGGAAUGUCCCAGACAAACCAGGGAGGUUUGAUCAUGUCAUUAAUGUCUUUGCAACAAAGGGUUUUUCCUCAGGGAAAUUUUACUAUGAGAUACAGGUUAAAGACAAGACUCAUUGGUGUUUGGGGAUUGCAAACCAGUCCAUCAACAGGAAGGGAGAUAUAAGACUGAGCCCUGAAAAUGGAUACUGGACUAUUUGGCUGAAGAAAGGAGAUGAGCUUACUGCUAAUGCAAUCCCUCCUGUUAAACUCUGUGUAAAGGAGAUGCCCCAAAAGGUUGGAGUGUUUGUUGAUUAUGGGAAGGGUCAGGUUUCCUUCUAUAAUGUGGACAGCAGGUCUCACAUCUACUCCUUCACUAGAUGUAACUUCACUGAGGAGCUUAUUCCAUUCUUCAGCCCCUUUCCUAACAGUGGCGGCAAAAAUUCAGCCCCCUUGAUCAUUACGCCUGUGAAACAACUGAAACAACCUGUGGCUGAAAAGAAAGAGGGGGGGAGAGACUUGUAGAGACAUCAAAAUGUCAGAACACUGAAAUGUUUUUACCUGUGAAACUCCAGUGUGUCAUUCUGUUUCUCCCAUCCAUCAGUGUCAGUCCUGUGUGUCACUGUGUAUCUUCUGUUGCAUAGAGAGCUGUAGACAUGUGCUGUCAUAAGGAGACUGACUACUCAUAUAAGUCUGUGGGACAAUGAUGCAGCCAUACAUCUCCUUAAGUUAAAAAUCUAAAACAAAUCUUUAUGAGCUAGCUGUUCAUUUUGAUACUUUAAUGCUGCUUUUACUGACAUACCGGUACCAAUGAUGUGUCAUUUACAAGCUAUUUAAAGUAUUUGUUUUGCCUAUGAGUGUCAUAUAUCAACUGUAUACUUGUCACAUGAUGGAUGGGUUUGCUACUUGUAGCAGGUAAAAAUAACAAUUUUUGUAUUAUCAAAGUAUUUUUCUACCACCUGACAGCACAACCUAAGGUGAACACUUAUACUAAACCUACAAUGGAAAAUGAGUCAGCACCCUAGAUUACUUAACAACAUCAUACAGAAUUGUAUACAAUAAAUUAAAGGGCUCUGGAGAUUCAGACUUUCUAAUGUGGCUUAGGAUAAGAAUAUUUAUGUUGUCUAUGAAUUUCUUCCUCUAAAAUAAAUUAUUAAAGUUAUUUAGUUGAAAGACUAGUUAUUGAAUGGAUCAGCCAAAACACUGGAGUUUGACUGGCACAUAAUGUGAUGUCCUCUAAUUAAAAUUAGGCGAACUUGUGAGGUGCAGGCUAUGGUUCAAACGCAGCAAAUCUGCCUGAUUAGGGGAC